AUGCUGCCCAAAAUCUGCUACUUCCUCUUCUACCUCUUCCUCUCCCUCGUCGCGGCCACCCCGGUAGCCUUAGACGCCAGGGCCCCCAAGCCAGCCCCCGAACCCGUAUCCCUCGGUCUCAAGGUCCAGAAAAUCGACGACCUCAACAAGCCCGCGAAAGCGAAGAAAAGCUCUUUCGUCGAGUACUCCUCUAUUCUCACUUUCAAGGAUGGCAGCAAGAUCACCAAUGACCAUGUUGUCGGACUCGCCAAAGCCGCCUGGUUGGAGAUGUACAACAUGCACCUGAAGGAAAACAAGGAUAAGGUCAACAAGGCCACGUUGCCAACUGUUAUGAGCGCUAUGAAGGUCGGGAAUGACGUUUAUCUGGCGUCGAGUAUGAAGGGCGGUGGUGGUCGCUACAUCUACGUGGCCAGGGAGGAUGCUGAUAAGGGGAAGGAGACCGACAAGGGCAAGACCACCGACAAGGGCAAGGACACUGAUAAGGGCAAAAAGACUGACAAGGGCAAGGACGCCAACAAGGACAAGGCUGAGGACAAAUAUGGUGAAUUCACCAGUGUCUUGAAGGACAAUGCCGAGGAUGUUAUGGAAGCCCUGAAAGCCGUCAGCACGCAGAGCCAGGGCCACAAGGGUGGUAAAGGUGCAGCUAACUCCAAUGGGGGCACUGUGGCCCAGCAUCGCACUCAGGCCAGCUGCGGCGAGGUGAUGGUGUCUCUUGAGUAUCGCUUGGAUCACAAACAUGACAAGCUGAGAAAGACGACGUACGAGCAAAACAAGGUGAAGCACAAGCCUGCUGUUGUUGCAUGGGAGGGGCUGCAAAAUGGUAAACUGAUGAAGGGUGGAGGCAAGAUCAAGCCUCCUUGUGGUAAGGAUGUUGACGUUCAGGAUGAUGAUUAUUGCGGUGAGAACUGGGGUUGUGCGGCUUUCACUGGCCCGCCAGGCAUGGAUUUCGAGGUCAUCGCGGCGGCCAACCCCAAGGACCCUAGCGCUGAGGACUUCCCUGCGUUUACCCAUAAGAAUGUGAACUUUCCCACGCCCGCCAAGAUUAAGCAGUGA